CCGGUCGUGUCCACUCGACUUCCUCUAAAAACAAAACCACGUGUGUGGGGAUCGAACCGGUGGCUGUCAACUGCGGUCCAGCUGCACGUCGUCCGGCAUUAAGGGCAGGAGUUAAGUCGUUAACUGACGACGGUUUGUGUUGGUUUCAUCCGCAGGAGCCACGGAACGCCUCCGCUGGAGAAGAGCGACGGUGCUUCACCAUGAGUUUUGUGGAGUACUCAGACUUCAUUCAGGACGGGGACGUGGCCAUCGUCUAUCUGGGCCAUGAAUCCAUGAUGCCGGUCAAGGUGCAGAAGGGCGCCCAGACGCAGACGCGCUACGGAGUCCUUCGCCACUCCACCGACCUCAUCGGCCGGCGCUACGGGUCCAAGGUCACCUGCAGCAAAGGCGGCUGGGUCCACGUGCUCCACCCGACGCCGGAGCUGUGGACGGUCACGCUGCCGCACCGCACGCAGAUCCUCUACACCACCGACAUCGCCACCAUCACCAUGAUGCUGGAGCUGAAGCCGGGAUCGGUCGUCUGCGAGUCAGGGACCGGCAGCGGCUCUCUCUCCCACGCCAUCCUGCGCACCAUCGCGCCCACAGGUCACCUGCACACGGUGGAGUUCCACCAGCAGCGGGCGGAGAAGGUGGCCGAGGAGUUCAAGGAGCACCGCGUGGAUCAUCUGGUCACCGUCAGGAACCAGGACGUGUGCAAGGACGGGUUCGGAGUGACCGGGGUGGCAGACGCCGUCUUCCUGGACAUCCCCAGCCCCUGGGAGGCAGUGAGACACGCCAAGGCAGCCAUGAAGAAACACGGAGGUCGGGUGUGUUCGUUCUCCCCGUGCAUCGAGCAGGUUCAGAGGACGUGCGAGGCUCUGGCGGACCAGGGCUUCGAGGAGAUCAGCACCAUCGAGGUCCUGCUGAGAGUCCACGACGUGCGAACCAUCUCCCUGCCGGUGCCCGACUUUGGCAGCGACCCCUCCGCUCAAACGGAGCCCGACGCCGCGGAGAAAACAGCCCCCGCCUCUGCUCCGAUACAGGACACCGUCGCCAUGAAGGCCACCGUCCCACCCAGAGAAAUCCCAGGUCACACAGGGUACCUCACCUUCGCCACCAAACCAAGAACCUCUUGAGUCCCAACAGUAGUCUAUAAUCUGUACGGUUUGGCGCGCUCCAGCAGUUAUUCUCCGUGUACAUUAAUAAGACCGUGAUAAUCCAGCGGAGGGGUACCAGGUUCCUCCAGGUCCCGGUUGGCACUGCAGCACCAAGAGGAUUUACAGCCUUGUGUUACAUAAUUUUUGAGCCCCUGUCACUUGGCGCCGGUUGGUUGCUUGCAUCAAGCAAGAGUGGAAAUCAAGUCGACGGUGAUGUAAUACGAGAAAAAUACACUCUAUAGACUUUUUUCAUGAUUAAUAAGAUGCCUCCCCCUUUUCUGAAAAUCACUCUGGAUCAAUGUUUUCAUUUGUUGGGGGAAGAAAUUGUUUUAUUUUGUACUUUUGUAUUCAAAUAAUACAAUAAAUGUGUGAAAAGAU